UAGAAUCCAAUAAAUUAUUAAUAUCAUAACGUAUUCUUGCUGAAAUGGCUUUCUUUGAAAGUGGCGGGAUGUUUUUGCUUAGCGUAUAAUAUUUUGAUUAAUUGGCAGUUACAAAAAGGACAAGCUUUAUGUGCCAAGGGUGAACACCAGGGCCGUGGGGUCAAUACAGAGAGAGGGGGGUGGGGGAGAGUCUGAUGUGCAGGCAUCCCCUCUGGGCUGGACUGCUUCACUCUCAGCGAGCGCCGCAAGGGCUGAGAGACCGCGACCUGGCACCGGGCAGUAGAAACUCGCCGUCGCUGCCCAGCGCUGUCUUGCUCAAUGUACCUGAGCAGCGACUGCAAGCCCGGCUGCCAGUCCCGUAGUGCGCAACGUCUGGCGACUGCAAGGAACGGGAGGACCUAGAGCAGCGGCUGGAAGCAGCGUUGAAGAUCCAGGAAGGUGCCAGCUGAAUGCUAAGGACGUGUGAAAGGAGAACAGAGACGGAUUCGGAAGGUCAAGGAUGAUAGAGGAACCGGUGAAGGAGAUCCCGGGGCUCCCGGUCCUUCCCAGUAUCCCUGAGAAGGGCUCCGACUGUCCGCCCCCCGCCGCUGCUCAGCUCCUGAGCCGCCAGGGCCAGCUGACGGCAGCCACCGGUGGGGCCGAGCUGUCCUGCUCACGGUGCACCGUGCCCUUCGGCCUCGUCAUCCUUAUCGCUGGCAUGGUGGUCACCGCUGUUGCCUACAGUUUCAAUUCGCAUGGUUCAGUCAUCUCGGUGUUCGGGCUGGUCCUCCUGGCCUUGGGGUUCCUCCUGAUGACCUCCAGUGCUGUGUGCUGGAGGGUGAGACAGUGCAGAAAGCGAGCCAGGAGGAGAGAAAGCCAGACUGCGCUGAUGGCCGAUAGAGAACUGUUCGUCUAGGAAUCAUUCUCCAUCCGUUCAAGAAGCCCACGCCACUUUACCUGGGGCCCAAGGCCACUGAUGGAAGUGUCCGACUCAUGGAAGUUUGCAAUGACAGCACGACGUGGAUUGUCCAACGCCAGAUUUAAUAAUAUUUCAAAACGUCGACCCUUCCCAAGAACUUGUGUAACAAAAAGAAACUGUCCAUUGUCUCUUCAUCCGGUGCCCUCCUUGUCAGCUGAGGAACGGAGCUGCCCUCAACCGAGGAUCAAAAGGAACCGAGCAAUUAUUUGCAUCUAACUGUGUGAGUGCCAGCGAGCCCUGCACACCAGCCAUUGCCGAGUUGAAGCUCCCACUGUGUAAAUUAGUACUAAUUUAUUGACACCUCUGUUCUCGUACACGGUGGACUCUGUCGCAGUUACUCGAGAUGCACCUUGUCAAGAAACUGUUUAAACAGGAAACGUCCUUCUACCUCCUAGUUUGCACGGUCCCUCUCUGCUUGCUUCCUUCCCAAUAUGCGCCCAUUCCUCAUCUGUCUCCCUGCUCUCUCCAGCAGUGCCGCACUCAGUGCUACGGCUCUUUCUGAAACCGCUUACCACCCGUCAGCAGUCAGUUGAACUCCCGCGUUUACUUAAUUAACCUGUGUCAUAAACUGUUUUAACGAUUUAAAUUCCUUAAUUAUCAUGUUUCUUGGAAUAAGAGAAAUGCAGUUGUUUUAUAACAUGGCAGAACCCCUCUCCAUCCAACUUGAAUCGGCAUUGGAGGCGAAUGAACUCUCACUUUGAAGACCUUAUCUCAGUACUGCUGUCCCCUGUCCCACCUCGGCCGUGUCUCUAUCCCGUGCCUUCCCAUUUCAUCAUCUUUCCUCUCCUUAGCCAUCC